AGCACAGCACAGGCUAUGGACAGACCUAUUCAGGAAUUUACAACAUACAACCAGAGAUCCUCAUGGGUCUCUGGGUGGCUCCCAUCCUGGUGCCCCACUUCACCCACCCGUCUUAAAAAUGCAGAGGACCGAAUCCUUCAACCUAUCCAAAUGCACUUCACUAGAGGGCAUGUGCCUAUCUCCAAUGGCAACUACAUCUGGACUCUUGGCUUCAAUGAGACUAAGGACUUAGGAGACCCUGAUGCCCAACAAGCUUCCCAGGCCCCCAGGGAUGAGGACUCCAAGAUCCCUUUGGUGCUGCUGCAUGGGUUUGGGGGUGGAGUGGGACUGUGGGUGAAGAACCUGACUGCCUUGGCCCAGAGCAAGAGACCUGUGUACGCCCUGGACCUGUUAGGCUUUGGCCGCAGCAGCCGAACAACCGCACGCAGCUACUCUCAGGAAGCCGAAGAGCAAUUCAUCCAGUCGCUGGAGGAGUGGAGGAAGGCAGUAGGGGUGGAGCUUAUGAUUCUGUUGGGCCAUGAUCUUGGUGGGUAUGUCUCUGUGGCCUAUGCUCUGACAUAUCCUCACAGAGUGAAGCACUUAGUGCUGGUGGAGCCGUGGGGUUUCCCAGAACGGCCUGAUGCCCAGGGGUCAGAUUGCCAGGUCCCCAUGUGGAUAAAAGCUCUGGGCACCGCUCUGAAUCCUUUCAACCCUCUCGCUCUGCUCAGGAUGGCAGGCCCUCUGGGUCCUUUAUUGUUGCAGGGUCUUAGGUCAGACUUCAAGCAGAAAUAUUCCUCUCUGUUCCAGGAUGACACAGUGCCUGACUACAUUUACCAUCUAAAUGUCCAGACACCCAGUGGAGAGACAGCGUUUAAGAGCAUGACAAUCCCGUACGGAUGGCCCAGACGACCCAUGAUGCAACGUGUGGGGAGGAUCAAUCCCAUGAUUCCUAUCUCCAUUAUCUGUGGAUCCCGUUCCUGCAUUGAUGGCCAGUCAGGACAAGCCAUUCGGGAGAUGAGACCCAAUUCGCGGACAGACAUUAUUAUCAUCGGAGGGGCAGGCCACUAUGUAUUUGCGGACCAGUCGGAGGACUUUAACCAAGCUGUACUAGAGAUAUGUGGCGAUGUCAAGGAUGGAGAGGAAGCAGCAGAGUGCAGGAAGAUAAAAAGGACAGAGUGACCCUAGUUCAUGCCUCCCUGUCUAACUGAACCUAUAGCUGACUUUACAGUGGUGGGAAAAGGCAAGAAAACGGCAACAAAACAGCAAUUCAAAGUGUUUCACAAUCAGAAUAGAAAAAGCUUAUUACAACCUGAGAUCUAUCAUCUCAGGACGGUCUUUUCCAAGACAU